UUUUUUAUAUACAUAUAUAGAUAUCAUCAAAAGACAAUCGAGAUAUGGAUAAUUUUAUUGCAGAUUUAAAAUACAUAGUCAAACAAAAAUCGACGAUAGUUAGAAAUUUUAAAGAAGAAUUCUCUUGGAUAAAGAAAACAGCUUUAAAACAACAUUACUACACUUACCACGGAUCUCUAACAACGAAACCGUUCACAGAAUGUGUAAUCUGGAUAAUUUUUACCAAACCCAUUCAUAUAUCUAGGAGACAGUUAAUGAAAUUCAGAGAGUUACAUUCAAGUCAUAACGGAGUUUUAAUAAACGAAAACGAUAGACCUCUUCAACCAUUUAAUAAUAGAACAAUUGUUUAUGGAUAUUAAAAUUGUAAAAAACUAUUUAAUUUAACGUCCUCAUUCAUCAUUAUAAGUACUAGCCACUUGGUACUUAGUUAUUACUUAGUAUUAUCAAUAAUAUUUCUAUCAAAGUUAUUGUUAAAGUGCAUUAUUUGAGUUUUGGAUUAUGAAUUAUGAGAUAUUAUCAAAAUUGAAAUAAAUUAUUGUUCGUGUGUAUUGA